ACGUGGUUUGAUUGCCUUGACAUGUGAUUGUACCUUGAACUAGCUUUUGAUAACAAAAUAAUUUGUGUGGCAUCUGUUCGAAGUGUUAUUAUGCAAAAUUUUAAAAAUUUAAAUUGUUCCAAUUAAAUUUUUAAAAUGAAUAUAUUAAUUAAACGGAUAAAUAUUCGUUGUUUUAAUCAUUUUAAAUUCAAGAAAAGAUACUGUACGCAGAAAAUUAACAUUUCUGGUGUUUAUCCUCCGAUUAUAACGCCUUUCGACGAGAAUGAAGAAAUAGCAUAUAAUCAUUUAGAAAAUAAUAUUGAGAAAUGGAAUAAAGUUCCUUUUAGGGGUUUAGUUAUACAGGGAUCAAAUGGAGAAUUUGCUUCUCUUAGUGAAGAUGAAAGAGUAGAUGUUGUAAAAUUUGUAAAACAACAUAUUAGUAAAGAUAAAUUAUUAAUAGCUGGAAGUGGAUGUGAAGGAACUCGUACAACUGUAAAAAUGACAGAACGAAUGGCUGCAGUUGGAGCUGAUAUAGCAAUGGUGGUAACACCAUGCUAUUAUAAGGGAAGCAUGAAUGAGAAAGCUUUAAUCAAACAUUAUAUUACAGUUGCAGAUAAAAGUCCUAUUCCAAUAAUUUUAUACAGUGUACCUCCUAAUACUUCACUUGAUUUAUCAGCUAGUGUUAUAAUUAAAUUGUCUUCACAUCCUAAUAUAAUUGGAUUAAAAGAUAGUGGUGGUGAUGUUUCAAAGUUAGGAUAUAUAGUACAUAAAACUAAAGAGCAUAAUUUUCAAGUUCUUGCAGGAUCAGCUGGAUUUUUCCUUCCAGCUCUUACUAUUGGAUGUGUAGGUGGUAUAUUUGCUUUGGCCAAUCCUUUAGGUGAACCAUUAUGCAAUUUACACAAACUAUUUUUAGAAGGAAAAUUACAAGAAGCACAGAGUCUUCAACUUCGACUGAUUUCUCCAAACAUAUAUGUUACUAAAAAAUAUGGUGUAGCUGGUUUGAAAGCUGCAAUGGAGUGGUUUGGUUAUUAUGGUGGUUCAACCAGAUUGCCUAUUCUUCCAAUAUCCAAAGAAGAAGAAGAAGAAAUUUUAAAAGAAUUUAAAGAAAAUAAAUUUUUAUAAAUAGUGAAUUUCUAAAGCUGUAUGUGAAAUAUAUUUUUAUAUCAAAGUUAAAGUUGCUGUUAUA